AUGGAGAUAUCUGUGGCACCGAGUCAAGGACUUCGCCCAGCACCGGAUGAAAUCCAGCACCCUCACAUGAAAUUUUCAGAAUGGAAAUUUAAGCUCUUCAAAGUGAGAUCCUUCAUGAAGCCCUCACCAGGAGAAGCUCAGGGGCCAACAAAGAACACAGUGGAAGGACAGUCUUCUCUGGAGGAAACUCCAGCUGUCCUAGGCAGCAUCAACAUUCCAGCACCAGAAAAGCCAGCCCUGGUCCAGCCAACAUCCGGGGCCCAUCCCAAGUCUUUGGAGAAGCCUGCUGAUAUUGGGAAGGCUCGGGAGAAGGCAGUGCACCAGGCCAGUCUUCGGCAGCUUUGCCGAAUCUGUGGCGCUUCCUUUAGAGCUGAUGGACAGAACAGAAGAUACCCCGUCCACGGUCCAGUGGACAGUAAAACUCAGGGUGUCCUCCGGAAGAAGGAAAAGAAAGUCACCUCCUGGCCAGAUCUGAUCUCGAAGGUUUUUAAAAUUGAUGUGAAAGGGGAUAUUGAUUCCAUCCAUCCCACCCAGUUUUGCCACAACUGUUGGAAUAUCAUGUAUGGGAGGUUCAGCAAUUCCCCGUAUGAGGUCUACUUCCCAAGGAAUGCUACCAUAGAAUGGCACCCACACACACCGUCCUGUGACAUCUGCCAGGCAGCCCGCCGGGGCCUCAAGAGGAAAGGCCACCCAUCCCACCCAUCACUCAGCAAAAGGCUCAAGGCGGUGGCUGACAGAGCUCGAAGGGCUCGCCUCCCCAAGAGUCCAGGGCAGCCCCGAAACAACAGCAAGGACCUGAUGAAGAAGCUAACCAACUGUGGCAAGAUGCACCUGAGCACCAAGUGCCUCGCCGUGGACUACCCCGUGGACUUCGUGAAGGCCAUCUCGUGCGGGAUCUGCGAGCACAUUUUGACGGACCCCGUGGAAACCACCUGCAAACACGUAUUCUGUAGAACCUGCAUCUUGAGGUGCCUCAAGGUCAUGGGCAGCUUUUGUCCCUCGUGCCAAUAUCCCUGCUUUCCUACGGACGUGGAAAGCCCGGCGAGGUCCUUCGUGAGCACCCUCCAUUCCCUGCUGGUGAGAUGCCCCGUGAAAGACUGCGAGCAGGAGGUCAGCCUUGAGAAGUAUAACCAGCACAUCUCGAGCCACAAGGAGCCCAAGGAGGCCCACGUGUACAUCAAUAAGGGCGGCCGGCCCCGGCAGCAUCUUCUGUCGCUGACCAGGAGGGCUCAGAAGCACCGUCUGAGAGAGUUGAAGCUGCAAGUCAAGGCUUUCGCAGACAAAGAAGAAGGAGGCGACUUGAAGGCCGUGUGCCUGACCUUGUUCCUGCUGGUGCUGAGAGCCAGGAACGAGCAUCGGCAAGCGGAUGAGCUCGAGGCCGUCAUGCAGGGCAGAGGCUCCGGCCUCCAGGCCGCCGUGUGCUUGGCCAUCCGGGUCAACACUUUCCUGAGCUGCAGCCAGUACCACAAGAUGUACCGCACCGUCAAAGCCAUCACCGGGAGGCAGAUCUUCCAGCCCUUGCAUGCCCUUCGCAACGCGGAGAAGACCCUCCUGCCCGGGCACCACCCCUUUGAGUGGCAGCCGCCCCUCAAGAGCGUCUCUGCCCGCACGGACGUGGGCAUCAUGGACGGCCUUUCCGGCCUGUCCGCUUCGGUGGACGACUACCCUGUGGACACCAUCGCCAAGAGGUUCCGCUACGACGCAGCCCUGGUGUCCGCCUUGAUGGACAUGGAAGAGGACAUCCUGGAAGGCAUGAAAUCCAAAGACUUGAGCGACUACCUGAGCGGCCCUUUCACCGUGGUGGUGAAGGAGUCCUGCGAUGGGAUGGGAGACGUGAGCGAGAAGCACGGGAGCGGCCCCGCCGUGCCCGAGAAGGCCGUCCGCUUUUCCUUCACCAUCAUGAACAUCAGCGUGGCUCGGGGCCAGGAGAGCGUGAGGAUAUUCGAGGAAGCCAAGCCCAACUCCGAGCUGUGCUGCAAGCCCCUGUGCCUCAUGCUGGCCGACGAAGCUGACCACGAGACCCUCACCGCCAUCCUGAGCCCCCUCAUUGCCGAGAGGGAGGCGAUGAAGAGCAGCGAGUUACUGCUGGACAUGGGAGGCAUCCAGAGGACUUUUAAGUUCAUCUUCAGGGGAACCGGCUACGAUGAAAAGCUCGUCCGGGAAGUGGAAGGUCUCGAGGCUUCUGGCUCUGUCUACAUUUGCACCCUCUGUGACGCCACCAGGCUGGAAGCUUCCCAAAAUCUUGUUCUCCACUCCAUCACCAGAAGCCACGCGGAGAAUCUGGAGCGCUAUGAAGUCUGGAGAUCCAACCCCUACCAAGAGUCAGCGGAGGAGCUCAGGGACAGGGUGAAGGGGGUCUCGGCGAAGCCCUUCAUCGAGACGGUUCCCUCCAUCGAUGCUCUCCACUGCGACAUCGGCAACGCAGCCGAGUUUUAUAAGCUCUUCCAGAUGGAGAUUGGGGAGGUUUAUAAGAAUCCCAAUGCCUCCAAAGAGGAGAGGAAACGAUGGCAAGCUACCCUGGACAAGCACCUACGGAAGAAAAUGAACUUGAAACCCAUCAUGAGGAUGAAUGGCAACUUUGCCAGGAGGCUCAUGACCAAGGAGACCGUGGAAGCAGUGUGUGAGCUGAUUCACUGUGAGGAGAGGCACGAGGCCUUGAGAGAGCUGAUGGACCUUUACUUGAAGAUGAAGCCUGUGUGGCGCUCAACCUGCCCUGCCAAAGAGUGUCCAGAAUCCCUUUGCCAGUAUAGUUACAAUUCACAGCGUUUUGCAGAACUCCUAUCUACCAAGUUCCAGUACAGAUACGAAGGCAAAAUCACCAAUUACUUUCAUAAGACCCUGGCCCAUGUCCCCGAGAUCAUCGAGAGGGAUGGUUCCAUCGGAGCGUGGGCCAGCGAAGGGAACGAAUCUGGUAAUAAACUCUUCCGACGUUUCCGGAAAAUGAACGCUCGGCAGUCUAAGUGCUAUGAGAUGGAGGAUGUCCUGAAACACCAUUGGUUGUAUACCUCCAAAUAUCUCCAGAAGUUCAUGAAUGCUCAUAACGCCUUGAAAAGUUCUGGGCUAAUCCUUAACCCACAAGCAGGCUUUGAAGACUCCCUAGGGCUAGACGACUCACUGGGAAUUCUUGAUUCAAUGGAAUUCUAA